AAAAAAAAAAAGAAAUAAUCAUGUUUGAGAAAAAAAAGCAAACUGAACAUAAGCCGCGAGAUGACGGGGUUGAAUUGGAAAAUCAGUUUAUUAUACGCUUUCCAAAGGAAGUGGCCGAAGGCAUCCAUGAAGCCAUACAGACAGGCAAUGUGAAGGAUCGCCUAUUUAUAAAAUUUGACCAGGAUUUGCGCUAUGGCGAAGUGCGCUUCGAUGACCAAAUGCUCUAUGCAAAACUGGUCGACUUGCCCACUAUUAUGGAAAGCUACAAGACAAUUGAUAAUAAAAGCUUCUACAAAUCGGCGGACAUAUGUCAGUUGCUCAUUUGCAAGGAAGAGCCGGAGGACGAGACUGAAAAGGAAUCGCCCAACAAGAACAAGAAAAAGGAUCCAAACAAGGUGGACAAAAAGUAUUUGUGGCCCCAUGGCAUUACUCCACCUUGUAAAAAUGUGCGUAAACGACGUUUUCGCAAAACUUUGAAAAAGAAGAAUGUGGAGACUCCCGAAAUCGAGAAGGAAGUGAAGCAUCUAUUGCGCAUCGACAACGAGGCAGUGCGUGUCGAGUACGAGAUUAUCAAUGAGGAGGACAAGCCGAACGAUGACAUGGACCCGUCCGAUGUCAAGCCAUACAACGAGGCAGACGAUGAUAUACAGGAGGAUACAAUGAAUGCCGGUGAUAAGGGGGCUGAUGAAGGCGCUUCACAGCGUGAAAUUAAUGUAGAAUCGGAUGAUGAUGAGGCUAGCAAUUUCGAGACUAAUCGUGCUCCCAAUAUGGGCGUCGCUGCACAUGAUAUAUUUGGCGAGGAGGUGUCCACUACAGAUGACGAGGACGAGCCUACUUUGCCUGGGAAUGAUUCGCGUCUGGAAGAAUCCUCGCGUUUAUCUGCUGAAGACUCACGUAUGUCUGAUUUCUUUGGGGUAAGCGGUAAUAGUCAGGGAGGGGGUGAUAAACAGGGGCAAAAUGAAUUUACUAAGUCCAUGUUCGCUAGGGAGCCAAGCAGUCCCAAGCUGAGUACCGCCGGCUCAAGUUCUAAUCUGGCAGCUCCGUGCGCUUUCUAUGAAAAUCAGAAGAUGAUGAAUAAACGGGAAGAAUUUGAGAAUUUAGGGUUUAUGGAUGAUUCACAUCCUCAAUAUACACAGCAGCAAAUACAAGACAAAAUAAAUAACCUUAAUCGACAGAUCAGCGACCUAAGGGCGCAACAAUCUCAAAAAUCUAUAGAAAUAGGUUCAAUUCAAAAUGCUACACUGAAGCAGCGCAUGCAAGAGACGCUGGAUAAUCUUUUUGCGCAGAUCAAGGAGCGUGAACAGGAGCUUAAGAACUUAGAAAACAUGAUGGAGCAAUAGACCUACCUGAUAACUUUAAUUAUUUAAUAAUUAAUUAUUUAAU